AUGCUGCGGCGAAGCAUCCCAUACAUCACAAGAUGCCGCAACAUAGGCAGCUCUAUCAAAAAUGCGAAGGAAGAGCCGUUAAGCUCGAAAGUUUCGGAAAUCUUCCGUAAAAUAGUCUCUCCGCAAAAGCUUCCACUUUCCGUGCCUCUCCCAAUGGAAUCCACGUCUUCUGGCGCCACGGAAACAGUGAAGGGAAGUCCUUCAAAGGAAAGAAAUUCGAAAAUAACGACACUUUCUAACGGAUUGAGAGUCUGCACAGAAGACACCUACGGCGAUUUCGUGACGAUCGGAGUCGCAGUCGACAGCGGAUGCCGAUUCGAAAACGGAUUUCCGUUUGGAGUCUCUCGAGUCGUCGAAAAACUUGCUUAUAAUGUAAGAAUCAGCUAUAUAUUUCCAAACUUCACUACGAAAUUGAAUUCCAGACAUCUGAAAACUUCCCAGAUCGUGACGCCGUUUACUCGUCUCUAGAGGAAAGUAGUGCAAUCGUGGAUUGUCAAAGCACUCGGGACACGAUAAUGUACGCGGCGAGUUGUCAUCGUUCCGGAGUGGAUCCAGUGGUCCGCGUGAUCGCCGACUCGAUCUGGCAUCCGAUCGUCGACGAACAAUCCCUUGAAUCUGCAAAACUGACAGUCUCCUACGAGAACUUGGAUCUGCCGAAACGGAUCGAAGCCAUCGAGAUUCUGUUGGCCGACUGGAUUCAUCAGGCCGCUUUCCAGCACAAUACGAUAGGAUACUCUAAAUACGGGCAUACUGAACAGCAGAUGAACAAAAUUCGCAUUUCCGACGUCUACUCGUUUUUGAGCAGAGCUCACACUCCCGACAGAAUGGUUGUUGGAGGUGUCGGUGUGAAUCACGACGAGUUCGUCUCAAUAAUCCGUGAACAUUUCGAGAGUGAAAGUCACAAGCCUAUAUGGAGCCGCAAUCCUUCGCUCCUUCCCUCAAAGAUACCGGAGAUCGACCCGUCGCGCUCUCAAUAUACGGGCGGCGAGGUCCGAAUGCAAACCGAUCUGACGCCGUUGACGAUCGGAAAACCGUACCCGCUGCUCGCGCAUGUCGUGCUCGGACUCGAAGGAUGCAGCUACAAAGACGAGGACUUCGUUCCGUUGUGCGUGCUUCAAUCGCUGCUCGGAGGGGGCGGAGCGUUCUCGGCCGGCGGUCCCGGCAAGGGAAUGUACGCGCGAAUGUACACGGAGCUGAUGAACCGCAACCAUUGGAUGUACAGUGCGGUCGCCCACAAUCACUCUUAUUCGGACGGCGGCCUCUUCACAGUCUCGGCCAGUGGACCGCCCGGAAAUAUCAACGACGCCCUGAUCCUUCUCGUCCAUCAGAUGCUUCAAUUGCAGUACGGCGUCGAUAAGACCGAGUUGGCGAGGGCGAAAACGCAGUUGAGGAGUCAUUUGAUGAUGAAUUUGGAAGUUCGGCCCGUUUUGUUCGAGGAUAUGGUCAGGCAAGUCCUGGGACACGGAGAGAGGAAGCAGCCGGAGGAGUACGCAGAGAAAAUUGGUAAUUUUUAGCCUAAAUCGUUGGAAAAUGUUGUUAAGUUAUUUUUUUUCCAGAAAGAGUAACAAACAAGGACAUGUUACGGGUAACCGAACGUCUCUUCUCAUCGAAACCGUCGCUGGUCGGCUACGGAGAUCUUGCCCAGCUCGCCGACUACACAUCGCUGGAUCAGGCGGUCGCCAAGAGGGAUUUGAAAUAUCUGUUCAAUAACUAA